AUGCCUCGCAACCUGCCAUGGCAGACGGAAGCCGCCGAUGAGAAGACGAAGGAGAAGAAAGUUUCCACUUCCACACGCGCUUCAGCAGAACACAAUGAAAGCAGCUCAGAAGACCUUGUGGAUGCCGAUCUCAACCCCAUCCGCCCACCGGCGCGGGGACCGCCGAGAAGCAAACGUCGAGCUCACCGCACACCCUCCACCUCCCCACCGCCCGCUCCCCCAGACGUCGAGUACAUGCGCGAAGGCUUCCACGCCGACGACAUCUACAUGAUGGUGGAAGACGAGUUCUUCUCCACCGCCAAGAUCUUCACCCAGCAUUUACACCAUGCCGAGUAUGUCCGAUAUAAGAGGUUGGCGGCAUCACGAGGGGCGGAAACGUUGGAGAAUAUGGCGCGGCCGACAGAUGGCAGGACGCAACAGAGCGACAGCUUGAAGCUGCAGAUCGAGGCGCGAGGGAAGGCGGACAAACUGAGGCAGGCAAUCAGGCUGGCAACCAAGGAACUGAACGGAGCGGGCAGUGGGGAAGAGGACGAUUAUAUGAAUGAUCCGCAGCUGGCGGGCCUGAUGACGGGAGAGAACGUCUCGAGGGAUCUGUCUGGCGUUUCAACACUGAAAGCUAACACACGAGCGGCUGCUGGGCUGUUGCAGAGUCCACGCAAUGUUGAGCGAACGCGGGAUGUGAUUGCUGAUCGAUCCGCGAUCAAAGCCGCGCCAAAAUUCGCUCCCGCCAAUGGCAGGGUGGGCGGGUUGAUCAAGGAAGAGGAAGAGUCAACAGCGGACGAGGACGAUCUGGAUGCACUACAGAAGGAUGCACGACGGGCAAACGUCAAAGUCGAGAGCAUUCCCUCCCGUACGAAGCACCUGGGGGAGCCACCAAGCAACAACACGGCGCCUCGAUCCAACGCCACGCAUGCAAGUGGUACGGUCAAGACCCAAGAGCCCUCGAGCACGUUCAGGGAUACGCAGACUUUCGAUUUCCUCGCGAAACGCAGAGCAGAACGAGAAAAAAAGAAGCGAGAAGAGGAACGGCAAGCGAAGCGGGCAAUCGAUGUGCCAACGUUCAUCAUAUGA